CUUUCCCACGCCGACCAAUUCCACUUGAUAGAAUCAGCUCGGGUUUCCAAUUAAGACGAACGCGAAGGGAGGCGGGGGCGCGUGUGUGUGUAGUGGGGGGUACGCGCGGGCACGUCGGUGGGACUGCACGCCGCUUUGGAAGGCGAACUCGAGGAGCGUGGACGCGAACGCGGAUGUGACCGGUGCGCGAACAGCGCGUGCAUGCCUUUGCAUGGUUCUGAUUUAUGAAUGCCAGUAAUCUGGAGGAUUUGGGAUGGAAAAGCUGCAUUGAUCCGAAACGCUGGGGUUGUGCAUGUGCAGAUAGAGAGCGAGAGAGAGAGAAAGAGAGAGAAAGAAAGAAAGAAACACGCCGCAUCUGAAAUGAAAUGAGGAUCGAAUCGGAGCAGAGAGACAUCAUGAAGAAGAAAUGCGCCAUCACCAAGAUUUUCAAAGUUCGUAAGAGGCGCGAGCUGCUGUGCGCGCAGGCGGGUUUGCUGUGCAGCCUGCUGCUGGGGGUUUGGGCCAUGUCGGAGCUCCUCACCCAGGCAGGUCAUGGCAUGAUCGCAGACGGAGGGAUAAACGUUGAUGCCCACUGGGGCAGGAGACUGAUGGCCUUGGCCCAAAACAACGAGACUAUGGAAAAGAACUGUACUGAGCCAGCCGUACAUGAAUUUCCUGACGACCUUUUUACCAACGCUGAGCGUAAAAGUGGAGCAGUGCUUCUGCAUAUCCUAGCGGCUCUGUAUAUGUUCCUAGCUUUGGCGAUAGUGUGUGAUGACUACUUUGUGACCUCUCUGGAGAAGAUAUGCGAGAAGUUGGAUCUUAGUGAGGAUGUCGCAGGAGCCACCUUCAUGGCUGCAGGAAGCUCGGCUCCUGAACUUUUCGCAUCCGUUAUAGGUGUGUUCAUUACUCAUGGUGAUGUCGGAGUAGGGACCAUUGUAGGCUCUGCUGUUUUCAACGUCCUCUGCAUUAUUGGAGUGUGUGGAAUUUUUGCUGGACAGGUGGUGCUAUUGACAUGGUGGGCCGUGUUUCGGGACUCUCUCUACUACAUCCUUUCUGUUGUGGCACUGAUUGCAUUUAUCUAUGAUGAGAAGAUUGUAUGGUGGGAGAGCUUGGUGUUGGUGCUCAUGUAUGCAGGUUAUAUUCUGAUCAUGAAAUUUAACUCUACAAUGCAGAUGUUUUUCAGUGGAAAAGGCAACAAGAAUGUUGCUAAUGGGAACGCGGUGAGCGGAAACGAGUUGGAGGACGUCAAACUUAGUAAGCGCUACACUCGAGGUUCAGUGGUCAUGGUGGAUGAGAUCAUCAAUGCCAGUCCUCCGAAUUACCGUUUCCCUGAGGCUGGACUUCGUGUCAUGGUCACCAACCACUUCGGACCCAAAACUCGCCUACGCAUGGCAAGCCGUCUCAUUAUUACAGAGAGGCAAAAGCUGGUUCAGGGAGCCAACGGUGUUGAAGUGGCAGUGGUGGACGGAAAGAGUGACAUCGAGAAUGGGAAUGUGCUUGAGGAUAAGCCGAGUGAGGAGGAGGAUGGAGAAUUGACCUCACCCUUCACUAUUCCAAAGGGCUGCAUGAACAAGACCAAAUGGCUGAUCUCAUGGCCUAUUCUGCUUCUGCUAUUCUUCACCAUCCCAAACUGCUCGAGACCUCGCUGGGAGAAAUACUUCAUGCUCUCUUUCAUCCUCUCGACUGUCUGGAUCGCAGUCUUCUCCUACUUUAUGGUGUGGAUGGUAACCAUCAUUGGCUACACACUCGGCAUUCCCGAUGUUAUCAUGGGCAUCACGUUUCUGGCAGCCGGCACUAGCGUACCUGAUUGCAUCGCCAGCCUGAUUGUUGCUCGCCAAGGUCUGGGUGACAUGGCUGUGUCGAACAGCAUCGGCAGUAACGUGUUUGACAUCCUGGUGGGACUCGGAUUGCCGUGGGCUCUGCAAACGAUGGCCAUCAGCUACGGCUCAGUGGUGAUGAUAAACAGUCGAGGGUUGGUGUACUCCGUUGUGCUGUUGCUCGGCUCUGUUGCUCUCACUAUCCUGGGCAUCCACAUCAACAAGUGGAAGCUGGACUUCAAGCUGGGUGUGUACGUGCUGGUCCUGUACGCCAUCUUUCUCUGCUUCUCAGUUAUGAUCGAGUACAACGUGUUCACCUUUGUCAACCUGCCCAUGUGUCAGGAGGACCAUUAGAAUCCAUGCAGUCCUCCACACCUUGCUGAUGUUCACCUCCAUUCUGUUCUCCCUCUCGAUAUUCCUUUCCCAACCCUGAUCCAAACUGUCUCCUUCUCCCUCUGUCCUUGUCUUUUUUCCUUUAAUAGCUGCUGGUCUUCCACUGUAGUUUCAAAACCACCAUUACCUCAAAGUGGGCUAGGAUGUCGUUGUUUAUCUCGCAGUAAAUUCCAGACCUUCUUUCAAUGGCAGCAGUCCACAAAGUAUUAAGUGUUUCAGGAGCUUGUGUCACAAUAGCAGGUCAAUCGGACAAAAAACGCAAGCCCUCGAGCAUGACAAAGAUCUCUCCAUGAUCCAAAAAGGGGAUCUUCUUGUUGGCAGCUCUUCUAUACUUUCAUAAGGGGGGAAAAGAAUCCAUAUUGCAAAGUUGAACUGUCAAAUACAGACUGUAUUGGCUUUGUCCUAUAUGAACUCACACUUUUUUCUUUCUCUGCAUUGUUUUUUUAUGUUCUUUAUAGUUCUUUAUUUAUUAUGCACUAUACAAUGAAUUUAUUUAUAAGAACUUCUCCACUCAUUGGUUGUAACUUAGACUUUUUGAUGUGCAUGCUUUUCUAUUUCGCUGCACUAAGUGAAAAUCGUAUUUACUUUCAAACCGUUUUGUUACUUUUUUUUGUGAAAUGAAUGCAAGAGAGUUUGCAGGAAAGCAGAAGAAUAAGAUACAGUACACAAACUAA